GGCACAGGCAGUGGUGGAGGACGAGGGACUCCCGGGAGCGCUGGGUCGACUGGGACAUCUGUUCCGUUAUCGGGUGGAUCGAUUCCUGGCAGGAGUGGAAGGUCGUCCGCCAGCGCAUACGGUAGCGGAGACAGCCGACCUAUCACUAUACCCUCGGGUCAGGCCUUCGCAGGGAGGAGCGCGGGCGGCGGGACGCGCAAUGAUAUUUACGGAUCACGCACUUAUGGUAGCGGCUACCCCGGUAUCACAGGCCGCGGAGUUAGUGGUCGUGGUUUUCCGUUCUACUUCUGGCCCGUAGUCUGGGGCGGUUCAGCAGGCUACGGCGCGGGGUACCUAUACGAUCAUGAGUACGGUGACCCAGACGACUCGACCCACCCCGGCGGACCAAUGUACGACGGCACCCUGCACUCCGUUUCGGGAAACACGACGGUGCACAUCCUCGCGGACAACAGCACCGUCGCUUCCCUCAUCUCCUCCAUCCAGGCGAACUGCACCUCAAUGCUUCUCCCCGCGCCUGGGCCGCCGUACGACCUUGUCUCUGUGCCGCAGUCGUACAACGCCUCGGCACCCACUGCCCCGAAGCCCGAGCAGGCGAUCCAGUACUACCGCGCGAGCAGCAUCGUGCUCACGCUGGACGGGUACAACAACACCGCCGCGCUGCUCGCCAACUCGAGUGUACCGGACGCACCGAUCCCGGCCUGGGCGAACACGACGUUCCUGACGUGCGUGAACGAGACCAUUGGCGCCGCAGCGCCACUGGUG